AUGGCUUCUAAUCGAGCACGCCGUAUCGCCAAGGAGAUUGCGGAUAUCCAUGCAGACACGCACUCGCAGAUCACCGCGGAGCCGGUAGGAAGCGACGACGACAUCACACACCUCCGCGGGACCUUCCCAGGACCGCCGGGGACUCCGUACGAAGGUGGCACAUAUGCAGUGGACAUCAGGAUCCCCACCGACUACCCAUUCCGGCCCCCUGUGAUGAAGUUCCAAACCAAGGUCUGGCACCCGAAUGUCAGCAGUCAAACGGGCGCGAUUUGCCUGGAUACCCUAUCCACCGCCUGGUCGCCCGUCCUCACCAUCAAAUCCGCUCUCCUCUCACUGCAGUCACUGCUGAGCACGCCAGAACCGAAGGACCCGCAAGAUGCGGAGGUCGCGCAGAUGCUGUUGCGCAACCCCAAGGAGUUCGCCCGGAAGGCCCAGGAGUGGGCGGUCAUAUAUGCGGGGGCGCCGAGGAAACACGCGGGAGAGGGCAGUGGCGGCGCGACGGAUGAGACCUUGCGCGAACUGGAGCUCAAGACCAAGGCGGAGCAGGAGAAGGAGGAUCUCGCCAAGUAUGAUGGCUAUAACAAAGACCUGAUCGACCGCUUCUGUAGCAUGGGUUUCGACGUCGACCGCGUGGUAGCGGCGUUCAAAUACUAUGGCAUCGACAAAAUGGACGGCGAGGAUUAUGAGCUGGAGGAGGCAUACAUGGGGGAUGUCACUGCACGGCUGCUGGGUGAGCCGUAA